GAUCACUGGAUAUAUUUCGCUAGAGGCGUUGCAGUCGGUUUUCACCCAGCUAAAUGUGUUCCUGCAGCUAAACGCUCCAUAUAAACUGAGAAGAAGAAGACGCUCGUGUCAUUUCAAUUCUUGGUUAUAAUUGUAUUAAAAUAGGUUCGGGAUUCUUCCAGUAAAAUGGAAGAAUAUGAAGGCAAUGUCGGAUUUAUUGGUUCAGGAAAAAUGGCUUAUGCAUUAGCCAAUGGAAUAUUAAAAUCUGGUUUAAUACAAAGUGAAAACAUUUGGGCUAGUGCACCAACUAUGAAUAAUUUACAGAAAUUUCAGGAAAUGAAUUGCAAUGUGACUCAUUCAAAUUAUGAUGUUCUUGUUAAUUGUACAAUUAUCUUUCUUUGUGUCAAACCACAUCUUACACAAGUUGUACUGGAGCAGCUUUAUAGUUAUUGGAAAAGAAGUCAUAUAAUAGUAUCAGUUAUUAGUGGAAAAACUAUUAAAUAUUUAGAAGAGAACACUCCUCCUCAGACUAAAAUAAUACGUUCCAUGCCAAAUGUAUCAUCAUCAGUUCUUGCUGGAGCUUGUGCUAUUUCAAGAGGGGCUUCUAUAUCUGAAUCUGUUGUUAAAAUGAUUAAGAAGUUAUUAGAAACUGUUGGUUUAUGUGAAGAAAUUCAUGAGGACCAAAUGGAUGCAAUUGGUGGAUUGAGUGGUAGUGGUCCAGCUUUUGGAGCAUCUAAAAUGAUUUUGGAAACAGGAGAACAUCCGGAAGUACUUCGCGAUACUGUUUGUUCUCCAGGAGGUACCACUAUAACAGGAAUUCAUGCCUUGGAAAAAGCUGGUGUCAGAGCUGCUAUGAUGAAUGCUGUUGAAGCAGCAACAUUAAAAGCAAAAGAAUUAGGACAAAUGUAAUGUAAAUUAUCUUGAACUAAGAAUAACCAACUGGAACUGUAAUUAAACAAAUACAUCUACACUUUUAAGUUUUCAUGUAUACAAUCAAGGAAGUAAAUUAUCUUUAAAUUACCAACUUGUAUACAUGGUCAUCAUGUAACUCAUGAAAGUAAUUUUUAAAUUGCUUAUUACAUUAAAUAUCUAAUUCAUUAAAUUAUUUUAGAUGAUAAAUAAAAAAUAAA